AUGGAGUGCUCGUUUGGCAUCACCGGCAAGGGUUACACCAUCAUCGCCUCGGACUCGAACGCCGCGCGCUCGAUUGUCAAGAUGAAGACCAACGAAGACAAGCAAAAGGUGCUGAGCGACCACCUCGUCAUGACCUAUUCGGGCGAGUCCGGAGACACGCUCCAGUUUUCCGAGUACAUCGAGAGGAACCUGCGGCUCUAUGGCAUUCGCAACCACGUCGAGCUUCGACCGCGGGCGGCGGCGUCGUACGUGCGCAAGGAGCUGGCCGAGUCGCUGCGUUCGCGCAAGCCGUACCAGGUCAACUUGAUGCUGGGCGGCUUUGACCUGCCGACGUCGGAGCCGGCGCUGUACUGGGUCGACUACCUGGGCACGAUGGCGACGGUCCCGUUUGCGGCGCACGGCUACGGCGCCUACUUUGCGCUGAGCACGCUGGACCGGUACCACCGACCCGACAUGAGCCUCGACGAAGGGCUGGACCUGCUGAGGCGCUGCAUCAACGAGCUCAAGACGCGCUUCAUUGUCGACCUGGGCACCUUUACCGUGCGGGUGGUUGACCGCGAGGGGGCACGGACGGUGCAGCUCUGA